UUUUUUUUUUUGCUCUUUUGAAGUUUUGCUAUUUUAUCAAACACAUGCUAGCGGUUUUGGCUAACUUUGUUUUUUUUUUAAAGUCUUAAUUGGCAUUUAGCUAAUAAUUUUAAUGCAGUUUACAGCAUUAAAACUACCAUUAUCGCAGAUAAUCUAGUUCAUAAAAAGUUAUGGUUUUAAAGUUUUAAAAAUUAGUUAGUGUUGAACAAAUAUUUAUCCUGUUCGGCUCGUGACAUAAGGUGUGUUUUGGAUUUUGGUCCCUGUGUGAUCGAGUCUGACAUCCCAGAUCUAAAGCGUCCUCCUUGUGUGCGUGGAAACCUCCGACACGUUCAUGGGGCUUCACUGAAAGCGCUCCAUUCAUUCAUUAAAACUCUGUAUAAUCUUUGACUUGAGAGUUCUCUGAAGAACACAUCCCCCCUCUGAUGGUUAAAUGCAAACUGUCGUUACGCACAAACGCGGAGCCUCAGAUAAAUCCGGCAUCUCCUGCAUUAUGUCUCGGUAAUCCAACCCAACUAGAUGUAACUUUUUGAGAGACUGCAGGGGGAAAAAGUGGUUUGGCAGCGGCCCUGCGAUCCGCUGAAUGUGGAGUUUGUUUGAGGGGUGAGAAAAUAUGUCAUUUCAGAGUCGUGGUUUGGUCCAACGUAAGAGGGAGCGCACCAAUCAGAGGCGUUUACGCGCCGCCCUACCUGCCUCCUUUCCGCCCCCCGUUUCCAUCCACGGAGCCUGCUCACUACAGAACACGACCUGCUGCUUUCCACAGCUUCCCAACACGAGCAGAAUACAACUUUUUUCUGCAUAAAAACACUCGGGUUUUGCGCGUUUCCUUGUAAGUAGACAUUCUUCAGGUCGAGUUCUGCGUUUUCCCUCUGCGUCCUCAGCGCGUUUUUUUGCAUCCCCAUUAGUAAACAAACCCCGUUUGAGACAUUCAUCCAUUCAGUGGCCGUUAGAGUGCCACGCUCCAGCCGCAGUUUUUCUGGAAAUAACUCAAGAUUUCUGUUUCUGGAAAGACUCCAAACCGGAGGAAGCGACGCGCGUUCGUGCGUAAAAUGAUUCGAAUCACGCAAAACACAUCAACUCUUGUGUGAAAAGAAAAGAGAAAAAAGUUUCAGAGAUCUGCUCUGUCACAAGAUUGUUGUUAUUGUUUAUUUCACCCCUCGAUGCGUAAAGUAAACCCCGCGUGAGAGGCUGCCGGUGCGCCGCCGCGCGUCCCGACCCGAUCCAAGUUGUGAAAUUCAACAACGCCCGGUGAUGGAGUGACACGGUCUUUUUCUCCUUCUGCUCCGAGUCUGCUGCUCUCGCCUCAGCUCUGAUCUGACGUUUGGAGGAGAGGAAACCAAAAGGCGCACAGCUCCAUGCUGAAGUGUUUAAGUCAGUCUGAGGGGAAAUUUAAAAGACCUAAAAAUACAGCGUUGGUUUCUUCCCUGCAAAGAAUCAUUUGAACUUCCCACCGCAGAGAGAGCGCGCGACAUAAAUAGUUCUGACAUGUGGAUGUAAUUUCAGAAGAGAGAGAGAGAAAAAAGACAGAUGCAGGGAAAUAAAGCGAGCGGGCUGAGCCGGAGCAUAUAGUAGAUUAUAGGAAAUUAAAUCGAGGGCAGAUUACAGAGUUAUGAUUUCACGAGCCGCCAGCAGCGUGGAGAUGCCAGAUGGAGUAAAGAGUCAGAUCUCAGUCCUCUUUGAAGAGAGUUUAGCAGAUUAAAUAAUUGCAUCCGAGCUCCCAUCGGCGCUGCGCUGCGCCCUGCCAGGAUUCUUGGAGGGAAGAGUUGCCUCACCUCAGGGAUGGGAUCCUCUCAGCUGCUCCACACUCUGGACUUUCUGCUCAUCUCGAUGCUCAGCGCCUUCUGCCUGCAGGUUUAUGCUGAUGAUGUGCUGACAAAGGAGGAGCAGAUUACGCAGUUGGUGAUAGCCAAACAUACCUGUGAAAAGAACAUCACAUCAAGGAGCAAAAUCCCAAAUGGUUUCUGCUCACCGGAGUGGGACGGUAUUGUUUGCUGGCCUGAAGGACCUCCUGGAAAGCUGGUGUCCACGUCCUGUCCAGAGUACAUCUAUGAUUUCAAUCACAAAGGACUAGCAUACCGUCGGUGUGACAACAAUGGAACAUGGGAGCAGGCUUCUGCAAACAAGACAUGGGCCAAUUAUAACGAGUGUUCAAAAUUCCUUUACCAUUACAACCACAGCCAUGAAAAGGAGGUCUUUCACCGCCUGUACCUCAUCUACACCGUCGGGUACUCCGUCUCUCUGGGAUCGCUCAUGGUGGCUGUUGUCAUCCUGGGAUAUUUCCGACGGCUGCACUGCACCAGGAACUACAUCCACAUGCACCUGUUUGUGUCCUACAUGCUAAGAGCCAUAAGCAUCUUUGUGAAAGAUGUCGUCCUCUACUCUGAAGCUCCAUUAGAGAACAUGGAACGAGUCACUCUGGACGACCUCAAGUCCAUUACCAUAGCUCCACCAGUCAACAAAGCACAGUUUAUUGCCUGCAAGGUGGUGGUCACCUUGUUCAUGUACUUUCUAGCGACUAAUUAUUACUGGAUCCUCGUGGAGGGUCUUUACCUCCACAGCCUCAUCUUCAUGACCUUUUUCUCAGACAGAAAGUACCUGUGGGGAUUCACUCUGAUUGGAUGGGGCGUGCCAGCUGUGUUCGUGUCCAUCUGGGCGACGGUUAGAGCCACGUUUGCCGACACAGAGUGUUGGGACUUAAGUGCAGGCAAUUUAAAAUGGAUAUAUCAGGUUCCCAUCCUGGUGGCUGUGGUGGUUAAUUUCAUCCUGUUUCUCAACAUCAUCAGAGUUUUGGCAACAAAACUACGAGAAACAAACGCUGGAAGAUGUGACACCAGACAACAGUACAGGAAGCUGCUGAAGUCCACCUUGGUGCUGAUGCCGCUGUUCGGCGUCCAUUACAUCAUCUUCAACGCCAUGCCAUACACAGAGGUGUCUGGAAUUCCAUGGUUGAUCCAGAUGCACUACGAGAUGCUUUUCAACUCCUUCCAGGGAUUCUUAGUUGCGAUCAUCUACUGCUUUUGCAACGGCGAGGUGCAAGCUGAGAUCAAAAAGUCCUGGAACAGGAGAACUCUGGCUCUGGACUUCAAAAGAAAAGCUAGAAGCGGCAGUAACACCUACAGCUAUGGACCCAUGGUAUCGCACACCAGUGUUACCAAUGUCACUGCCAGAGGACCACUGGCCCUCCACCUCACCACCAGGCUGGGACCGGCACCUGUGAACGGACACAGAACCCUGCCGGGCUACGUGAAGAACGGCUCGGUGUCCGAGAACUCCGUACCUUCAUCGGGACAGGAGCUGCACAUUCCCAAAGAGGAGCAGUGUGCUCGCGCCCGGCCCGCCGAGGACAACAAACCCUCGCCUGUCGUUGAGGAGGAGCGGGAGACAGUCAUGUGAGGAGACGAGUCAGGAUGGACUGAAGGGGGUGACCGACGUCAAACGAGCCGUCGCCGAGCAAUGAGGCUCAAAAAGCUCGUUAUCACUUUUGUGAGUUCAUCUGAAGGAUUCCCAGACUUUCUUCCCAUCAGCCACCUGCUACAGAGAAUGUUAAAAACCAGACUGCCAAUUUUUUAUUGUUUUCACUGCCAUUUCUGCUGUUUGUAUAAAGUUUGCUGUUAGCUUAUGUA